AUGCGCAGAACUCCCAUCAUCACAGCUCAUGAUCUGAGACAUCGUGGCAAGAGGCCCGUCAAUGUGAGUUAUCGGCCGUUCUUCGUCUCGGCAACCUGUGUCGUCUGUCCUUUCCCAGAAUUUCCACUAGCCAGCUUUCCAAAAGAUGAAGCGAUUCGUCGUAAAUGGGCUGCAGUCCUAAAUCUGCCAAUAAUACCAACCUCGAGAGCUACAAUUUGUUCCAAACACUUCCCACCCAACUCGUUUACGGAUAAAGAACGGCGAAAGAAGGACGCUCAUCCAAUCAGUGAUUUCGACAGACAAAAGUUGAUGGAACAGGCUGAGCUGGGCAUUAAGGAAGAAGUUGAUGCAAAUGUGGAUGAGAGUGAGCAGAAGAAAAAGGAAGAGAAGGUAGGUAAAGAAGGUAUUGGUGGCGUUUAUAUAGAGUUGACUUAGAUAGGAUAAGGGGAAGGUUAGGUAGAGUAAAGUAAGGUAGAAUAAAGUAUAGUAGGGUAGAAAAUGGCAGGGCAGUGUAAAGUAAAAUAAAAUAGGUUAGGCUUCUGAAAGAUAGAGUAGGGUGGCUGCUACAAGAGACAAAAUUCCUAAAAAUGAAUUUAAGGAACUGCCCAAGUAUUACAUUGAAAAUCUGAAGCGUUUUUCAUCCUACAAGUUCUGCCCGAUGUGUGGUACCUCGAUUCAGAACUUGAAAAUCUUUAUCAAAGGCGUUGCUGUGACUAUCAAAUACGAGUGUUCACCAGCAUGUAAUGGAAUAGAACAAGAACAGGUGUCAGAAAGAAGGUCUCGACAUCUAAUCAACGUCGAAUGUGUAAGAAGUGCAAUUGGAGCUUCUAUUGGUGUGGGGGUAUGUUAGAUUUGGUUAACUUUAAAAUGUUACAUGGAAGCUUUAAACUUGUGCUUAAUUUUUGAAAAAGUAAAGCCUAAAAGUUAACACUAGUACCUUCAUGAAGCCUUCACUAUAAUAUUUUGAUCAAAAAGUAGCUAUAAAAUGUAAAUUAAAACAAAAUGCAAUUUUUAAAAUUUAAAAUAUCAUUUUAGCCAAUAACAAAGUUUGCCAAAUCCUUAUCAUUGGCUUGGCUUUCUACAACGUCCUUCAGGAGCAUAAUGAAGCAGAUCAAGCCUUCAUCAACAGACGCUUCAGUAGAAGACGAUCCAGAAGCUUCAGUAGAAGAAGAACCAGACGCUUUAGUAGAAGAAGCUCUAGAAGAAGACUCAGACGAAGAUAUACUUACAGAGGCUUGCAUUCAACCAUUCCAAAUUAAAGCUUGA